GAGUAGACUCGGCUGGAAUUGCAGCCCUGUAUAUAUGUGUGCUUCCCAGGCUUCCACCAUGUCUACAUUCUCUUGCUUGCUCAUUUGUCUCCGGUGAUGAAGAUGGAGAGAGGAGACAAGCAGCUCCGUCUCCGGUGGUGCUCGGCGAUUGCCUUGGCGCUGCUCGCCUUCGGUGAGGCGGACGGCUUCUUAGUGGACAUCACUUAUGUCGAGAGCGCCGUGGCCAAAGGAGCAGUGUGUCUGGAUGGGAGCCCCCCGGCGUAUCAUCUAGCCCCAGGCUUCGGCUCCGGGGUGAACAGUUGGUUGGUUCAUUUUCAGGGAGGAGCAUGGUGCAACAACGUGACCACCUGCCUGCAGCGUAGUCUCAUCUCGUUCGGGUCGUCCAAGAAGAUGUCAAAGCAGUCUGAUUUCACUGGGAUAUUGAGCAACACCCCGGAUUACAACCCAGACUUCUACAAUUGGAACAAGGUCCAGGUUCGGUACUGCGAUGGUUCCUCUUACACCGGUGAUAAGGAAGAAGUUGAUCCUAGCACAAAUCUACACUACAGAGGUGCGCGGGUAUGGCAAGCAGUUAUAGAAGAUCUGCUCGCAAAAGGAAUGAACAGAGCUGCAAAUGCUCUAAUUUCGGGAUGUUCUGCUGGCGGAUUAACUUCGAUACUGCACUGUGACAAAUUUCAUCAACUUCUGCCAGUGGGGGCCAAUGUUAAAUGUCUUUCUGAUGCUGGUUUCUUCCUCAAUGUGGAAGACAUUGCUGGAGAGGACCACGCUGCUGCCUUUUUUAAUGAUGUAGCUAUAACACAUGGCUCAGCCAUGAAUUUACCAUCUUCUUGCACUUCCAAGAUGCCCGCAGGCAUGUGCUUCUUUCCACAGAAUGAGGUGAAGCAUAUUAAGACGCCUUUGUUCAUCCUAAAUGCAGCAUAUGAUUCAUGGCAGGUAGCGAACAAUUUGGUUCCAGGAGAUUCUGAUCCUCACUGGAAAAGUUGCAAGAACGAUAUAAGGCAAUGUUCCGCAAAGCAACUAAUGACGUUGCAGGGAUUCAGAGACCACUUCCUGGAAGCACUGGAGGAACAAGGGAACUCUUCCACCAGAGGGCUGUUUAUAAACUCAUGCUUCGUGCACUGCCAGACCGAGAUGCAGGAGAGAUGGUUCGCACCCGGAUCUCCGGUGCUUGGUGGCAAAAGAAUAGCAAAUGCAGUUGGAGACUGGUUCUACGACCGCAGUCCGUUCCAGACGGUGGACUGCCCUUACCCUUGCGAUUCAACUUGCCCUAUUUCCUAAUGAUGUUGAGAUCGUUAGCGCAUGCUGAGAUGAUGCCACAUUCAUUUGAAAAAAUUCAUUAUAAACACACACACACGCACACACACAUGGGCAAUCGUCAGGAUUUCAGUAUCUUUUCCGAAUACUAAGAAACUCACUAAGUUGGUUGUGACAUAUAUUACCAGACUCCUUCAAGCAAUAGAGUGACUUUUGUAAUUUAACCAGAUACAUGUUGUUGAUUUGUAUAUGGAUUCGAAUUGUUAAGUUCAUGA